AACAAUGAAAAGUGUAUCUUUUGUUAUGUUUUGAGUCGCUGUGCAGCGUGCAGCGUCGCGUCGCGUUUCGGUGUGAGCUGACGCUAAGAUCAAAAGUUCUUGGUGCAGCCUAUUUUGAUACUCAGACAUGGCUAUAUUACAUUAUGGCAAUUAUGGGACCAAGAAAGGAGCUCGAUGGAGCAAUCAUAAAGCGCAAUGGUAUAGUUGUAGCGUGUUAGGAGCAAUAGGGUGUAACGCAAAGAGUAGUAUAAUAUACGUGUAACGCAAGCGUAAGGGCGGGAGCCGGGCUGGACAAACCUGCUGCAUGCGAUUGGACAACUUACUUCGUAGAAUGUAUCAAUUUCAUCUUGUCUUCCAUUAUCUACAAAUAAUAUAUCCAUUAUAAACCAAAACGCUUGUGGAAUCAAUACAAUUUAUAUUUUACUACAUAUGGAUUUAGUGGAAUUUAAUGUUGUUUUCCCAUUUCUAGAAUGUUAUGAGCUGUCUGUCAUGGUCAUGAGCAACUCAAUGUGUAUGUCUAAAAGUCAUCAACCAAAAGGUGGUAUGUCUGGUAAUGAGCAUAACGAUAGUGACUAUAUGUUCUCUAUAAGCAUAAUUCACUAUUCUAAGAGAGAAUUAAAAAGUGAAACAUUUUUUUUUGUCUACGGUUUGACCGUACAAAUUGAUCGGUAAGGAGCAAGCAAGGAAGCAUAAACACUCUGAACUUCUCAAUAUAAUAAAGUAGUAAACAAUGCCGUAAAACCGUAUAAUUCAUAAUUAUUAAAUCAGAGAAGAUAUCGUGUACUGUAAUCGCACCAAAAGCUCUAUGGCUUGUUGUCAUUGUGUCAUUGUCAUUUACUCAGAUGACAUAAAGAAAUCUAUGCCACAUUUCGAUAAACGUCAAAACAAGGUUCCCGAAAUUUUGUAGAAUUUUAUUUUUGUGAACAAUUCUCCGUUGUGAAAGUUUUACCUUGUCUUGUUGUUUAAUUUUACAAUUUAGUUGCAAAACGAAGAGAAGCAUCUACUGUGUCCUUAAUUACUGUAUGCUAUUCUAAUUUAGGUGUACUAUUUUUGUCCGCUCCCGAUUCAGUGCAUAGAAAUACAUUUUGACGUCCAGGAAAAGAUGUUCUUCCUGUACGUUGAUACGUAACGGCGUGCCAUUGUGAUGGUAAUGACGUGCGCUGCGGGCAUGGGCGACGCGGUGCUGCGCGAGCGGCUGCCGGCGUUGUGGCGGCGCAUAGAAGACGCCCACUACAGCUACCUAGAGAUAGAAGACAGUCCGGAGAAACUACAGUUGAAGAAGAAGCUGGAAGAUUACAUCAUAGAGUACCUGUCAUUAGUGCCUCACGAGUGUAAAUUUGGAUUGGCGGAGACGGGAAAGGUGUUCCAGAGGACUAUAAAUGAGCUGCCGGAGUUCAGUGCCUACCGAGCCGGGUUAGGCUGGGCAGCGCUGGCUAGGUACGCGGCCAAUCUGCUAGCACAACCCUGGAGGAAGGAGUAUAAAAUUAUUAGGUUGUACUGCGGGUAUUUCAAACAUGAAGUUGAAGCCAACAUGGUCGGGGCGGAGACUCUGCUUCACGCGAUGGGGUACAAACCAGCAGGCGCGGGCAGAUUGGCUUUAGACGCGCCCAUCUGUCCAGAUAUGGUGGCGGCCAUAUCAAGGGACGCUAUUAUAGCGCAGUGCGAGUGCCAGAUAAUGUCGCACAUAUGGGAGAGCGUGUGGGGUCUCGGCGUGCGCGCGUCGUGGGUGGAAGUGGCGCGCGAGCGGGCGGCGCACGCCAGCGACGCGGCCGCGUGUGCCGCGCGUGUGGCCGCCCCCGCGUCUAUUCCCGCCCGGUCCCGCGCCCUAGAUUCAGAAAUAUACUCCAAUGUACCGCUGACGGUGUCCGACUCGCAUCGCAAUCGACUCGCGGACAGAUAUCACGCCAUGCCUUGCAACCAUCUAUGCGCGGAUGACCCAAUCUUAGAGGAUCCCAUCACACCAGUCGUCCAACCUUCGUAUAUGGUGCCACAAACGAUGCUCCCACCACAGAUGAUGUAUCCGAUGCCACACCAACAUAUGCACCCCGAAAUACCCGUAACAGUCACUAACCAACCCAUGAUGACCCCUUACGGUGUCCCUUACUACUACCCUGUUCAAGCCCCUUACAUGAUACCCACUCCUAUGUACGCACCAAUAAAACACGCUACAAAUGUACCAAUAAACGGUUACCCUCCAGUGACGCAAUACAACAGGUAUCCAUCAGUACCGACUGGCCAGCUGAUCGAACUGGACACACCGUCAGUUUACGAGAACGGAAAAUUCGAGAAACACAGAGAAGACGACAGAAGUCACAGGAGGAGUAGACAACCGGAAAGUUCUCGAAGAAACAGCACUUCUAGAUCGGGUUUCAGUGACGUCACGUUGCCUAGUUUACCCCGAUCCGAUACGCAGCCAGUUCUCAGCAAAGCGAAGGAAGACGGAAUGGGCACUUACGAGAGUUGGGACUAUGUGUUUAGGAAUCUUUCGAGCAAAGACCAGGAUGGGGAAAGCCGGAGUAGGUACUCCCCUUCUUUAGACAGAGAUUCGAGGACCCUGGACAGGUUAGAUAGAGAAGAAAGGCGAGUGAAAUACCAACCAACUACUUUAGACUUAGAAGAUGGUUUACAAGCGUUGAACAUAGACAGGUCUUACGACGAAGACGCGUAUCGAACGGCGAAAGUGAACGAGAAUUUGAUGAGAAUGAAGCAGGAGCAAGAGUUGAAACGAGCUAAGCAAAUGGCGAAGAAACAGGCGGAAGAGAGGAGGACGAAAAAGUUGGAGCCUAUCGGUAAUCCGAAGGCGGAUGCGUUGAUUACUAGUAAAGUGGCCCCGGAUAAAGUGAAAUUAUUGACUAAGAAGGACGUGAAAGAUAGGAAGGAGGUGCUAAAGCAACAGAAUUCUGUGAAUGGGUCAGUGGAGGUGAAACGAGUGAAAAAACCUCCGAAGCUAGUGGCCGCGGAAGUGGACCGGCCGCUCAAGACCAAACCUAUAGAAAACGGACACAGCUCCAAAGCUGUUACUGCUUCUCCACCGAACUACGAUCUGAAAGCGCAACUGGUCGUUUCGCUAGACGAGGCCGACGCCGCGCGUCGAUCGCCCCCGAAACCAUUACAAAACGGCGAUAGAGCGACCGCCCAAGAGAGAUGGGAGUGCGGCACUUGUACCUACAUUAACAGUAUUGCCAACGUCGCCUGCGAAAUGUGCGGUAAGUCGAAGAGAGGGCCGGAGAUCCAACCGCUCACUUCCGGUGGGCGUGAAUGUCCAAUCUGCACUCUAGUCAACCAGAGGGACGCGAAGGAAUGCGACGCGUGCCGUACUAGUCUAGAUCAUUGUCCCACGUACAUUUAGGUGGAGUGAUUUCCGAGUCGACCGGAUAGGAUGUUUGAUAAGUGUGUGGCGGCGACAUCUACAUGCCCCACAUAUAAUCCAUACGGAGGAAAUAGUCACUCGCCUCUUUAAGAGAUGGCGCUACCGGGGCUGCACUUGCAACGUAUGGAAGACUAAAUCGCGCAAGUAAAAUUCGGAAGCUAACACUCGAUAUAUACGAUGCCCGAUCA